GUUCGUUCGGCAUGAACUUUUUGACUUGCCAAUCCCCACUUCUUUGCUAUCUUGUCUGUGCAUCUGUCACAUUUCUUCUUCCAUUUGACUCCCUAAAUUUGGUCCAUGCCUUACGGUUGCCGAUGAUCCACAGAUGAUAGCUCACAUUCCCAUCCCUCUCUUUGCUCUCGGGAUUGUUCUCGCCAAACCGUUAACUGCCUUUCGGGACAAGGACCUCCUUCUCCUGCUACUCCUUCUCCCCCUCUUUUUUCCUCUUUGCUUCCUCCAAGGAGGAGGCGGAGAGCGAGAGUGAGUGAGAGAGCUAGGACCUUCUCUUUCCCCC